UACGCACGGCAGCUAGUUCGCUGUGAUAUGAAACAAAAUGUCGAUUUUUUCAUACACAAUAAGCAUAUUAGUAGCUUUUGUUUCUUACAUAGUGUAUCAAAAAUAUGCAAACGUUUAUACGAGUUUUAUAACUAAGCCAGUGAAGAGAUAUGAUUACAUAAUCGUGGGUGCGGGUACAGCGGGCUGUGUGCUCGCUUCUCGUCUCUCAGAGGAUCCUAAAGUUAAGGUACUACUGGUUGAAGCUGGAGAUCAUAUGGGCUAUUUCUCCAAAGUACCAUUGACUUCCACUGCCUCACAGCAGGGGUCAAAUGAUUGGUCCGUACGAGCUACACCUCAGAAGUACUCGUCCUUCGGGCUCUGGAAUCAGACCCCGAUAAUUCCACGUGGCAAAGGUCCUGGUGGAUCUGGACAAAUCAAUUUUCUUCUCCAUGGUUUCGGCCUUCCUGAAGAUUACAAUAGAUGGUCGAGACUCGGUUUUAAGGGUUGGACUAUGGAUGAUCUGAAACCAUAUUUCUUAAAGGCUUUUGGAACUGUUAGGAGCGAAUUCGACUCCGAUAGCUGCCCGGCAAAAGGGGUGUGUGCAAAGGCUCCUAUGAAACUGAAGCUAAUACAUGAAGAUAAUGAGCUUAUGUCAAUAUUUAAGCAAGCGUCUUCAGCUCUCGCUGCUAAAAACACGUUAUUUAGAAAAGCAACAGCAAAUGUCAAAGACGGCAGCAGAUAUCAAUCAUACGACGCUUAUCUAAAACCAGCGCUUAAGAGAAAAAACCUACACGUCUUGUUAAAAACGCAAGCUAUAUCAAUACGGUUUGAAGAGGAAAAGGCUACGUCUCUUUAUAUUUUACAAGACCACAGGAAUCUGGACAACAUAUUCGUUAACAGGGAAAUAAUUUUAAGCGCUGGAUCAGUCAAGACGCCCCAAAUCUUGAUGUUAUCUGGUAUCGGCCCAAGAAAUUUAAUUAAAAGCUUACAAAUAAACCUGAUAACCGAUAACGAGUGGGUCGGCCGCAAUCUUCACGAUCACAUGAACCUUCCCAUCUACGUUAGCAUCAAGAAGCCAAUCAGUGUGACCUUGGCUAAAGUAUUCAGCGCGAGUACAUUGGUUGAUUAUUUUUGGAAUAAUAGCGGAUAUUUAGCAUUUCCGCCAGUUGCCGGCGUGGAAUAUCAAAAUGCAUCCGCUCUGAUGCUCUUCUCAAUGGGAUCAUCAAGUGAGCGGCUGUUGAGAGAUUUGUCAAACUAUAGACCAAAGGUCUUUCGUGACACAUUCCCGUUCCACAACGAUACAAGUAAGGAAGGGUUCAUGUUCCUCGCUACGUGCAUCCAGCCGAAAAGUAGAGGCACUGUCACACUUAGAGACUCCAGCACCUCGGUGCCGAUUGUCGUGGACCCGAAUUACUUGAACCGGGAGUAUGAUGUGAAAUGCAUGAUAAAAGCAAUAAGGCGUGCAGAGAGAUUGCUUACAACAAAACCAUUCGAAGAGAUUGGAGCUCGGAUUCACUGGCCGAGGCCUGAACGUUGCCUUACAUUCUGGAAUUACACCAAAUUGGAUCAGAAAGGACUAGUUAGACGGAGGAAAAAAAUGAAAACACAAGGAGCACCAAGCGUUCAGGCACAGAAAGAGGUGACCAAACCAACCAAGCCAAAGAUACAAAGCCCCCCUAACGAAUAUUUGGAGUGUUUGAUGCGAGAAGUCGCAGUUACUGGACACCAUAUUGCUGGAACCUGCGCGGGCGGAAAAGUUGUUGACAGUCAGUUGAGGGUUAAGAAUGUCAGUGGUGUACGUAUAAUGGACGCAAGUGUAUUCCCCGCUCCAAUAUCUCUAUACCCGAACUCUGUUAUCGUAGGGAUGGCGGAAAAGGCAGCUGAAUUAAUAAAAAAUACUCCUAGACUGUGAAAUUAUAAAUAAU